ACUUGUUACCCAGAGAAAGGAAGUGAAAAGAUUUACAAUUAUAAGCACGAAAUUCAUUGGCAGAUUACCUGCUUUAUCUACAGACAGAUUGUUUUGGGAUUUGGUUUUGUCUAGGCAGCCUCUGGCCAGGCUCCUUAAGUGCUUGCUCUGCUAAUAUUUCAGCUUCCUCUCUUGACUCCUUGAGGAACCAGCCGCUCUUUGGAACACAAACACUUAGCCACCUCUGCGCUCCAGGGUAACCCUGAGAAGCUCUGCUGUCUGGGGCAAGCUUUCUUUCCAAAGGGAAUGAGAGGAAGGCAAGCAGGCAGGUCCUGCAGCAUCAGGCCUUCUGGGAAAAGUUUCCUCAUUUUGUUUGACAGGGUCCUCAGUACAUCAGAAACCCAGAUUUGAAUAUAAGUUCAGAGCCUGAUCUCAAGCUAAAUCAGAAUGCUUUGGGGACUAACCAUGAUCAAGAAUUGGCCAAAUAGUAUGGCAUAUUAACAGCCAUCCAGCCAGCCGCAAGUAAAGGAACGUUUGAUCCUUGGCACCUUAAAUGAUUGCCUUCAAUAGGCAAACUGCUGGUCUGGAAAUCUCGUUGAAGGCUGAAUACUUCACGUGGAGUAGGACAAGCCUUAUCCCACUUCAGGUUGAAAGGAAAGGCCAUAGGACUCAAAAGAUAAUGACUCUGAAACUAAACUCCUUCCUUCUCAAGCUGACAGAGGUACUUAGUGCAUCUCAAGACUCCAUCUCAUAAAACUCAUUUGUGAGGGAUUUGCUCUAGAUUUUUCUAAACAUUUUUUCAUCUAUUGUCCAGACUUGCAAAUCCAGUGUGGACCUGAUGGAGACACCCUUCACACCUGCGCUCCCACCCCCUCGGCAGGGAGACGUCUCAGUAGAGGAGAACACACCCAUUAUGCUGGGAUUUGUAUUUAUAAAUCACUUCCCUUUUAGGGAUGAGCGGUGUGGGGCGUGUGUGCGUGUGAGUGUGUGCGCGUGCGUGUGUGACCCUCAAGUGUACUUUGCUCUUCAAUUUAGAUGUGCAGUAUUUCCAGAAACAAUGAAAAAAGUAAGAUGUUUUCUUCUUUAUGAUUCUGCUCAAAACACCACGUGCCGCCUCAGAGCUUUUUCUAGAGCCUCGGUCCUCAAUGACGCGCUUGACCUGUUGAUGCCUCAGCCCUGCGAAGUCCCUCACCUGUGCCCCGGGCGACAGCUCUUCAGUGUGCAGUGUGGGCCUGGGGUGGACUGCCAGGCCUUCGCUCUGUGCCAGCAACACCGUUCUUGUUGCUCCUCCAUGAACAGGGGGUACAAGCCCUGGCCCCUCCUUGACACUAAGCCCCCCACAGACUCAGCCUCAGAGGAACCGCUGAGCACCCUUGAAGCAUGUCAUUGUCGGUGAUACCUUUUUAUUCUAUGGAACUCUAACCUAUUCGUGUCAUAUUGACCUUUUGCUGCAUGAGUCAUAAAUUAUGAAAUCAGUCUUACGGUUUUUGAAAUGUAGCCAGCAUUUGUAAGGCUAAACCUUUUUCAUGAACUGAAUUUAAGUGAAUAACCAAGCCACAGUUCCUCUUCAAAUGGAGAGUGAUGAUCGACAUUUGAAUCUCUUUGCCCUUUCCAACGGCUAUGGCAUCAGGUUCUAAAAUAAGCUCGUAAUUUUUCCUGUUAUUUUAAUAAUAUGGAAAUAUUAGCAUAGUGUUUCUUUUGAUAGUGAUAGACUAUAAUCCAUAUUUAAAUUUUAUAGAGAAGAAAUUUUAUUGUACUGUGAUGUAGAUAUUUAUUAUCCAGGUAAGGAUUUGCCCGGUGUGUAUUUUUUACAAUUGAGACAUUUUACUUUAAUCUUUAAAAAAAAAAUGCAUUAAAAACACACUCAAAAAAAGAAAAAAAAAAAAACCAGACUGGGGGAAAAAAGGUUUGGCCUUAUCACAGAAUUUUUACUGUGCUGUAUAAAUGUUUGCAAAUGCGAAAAGUGUGCAUUUAUAGUGUGUUUCCACAUUAAUUAAUGCCGCCUUCAAGAGCAAUAUUGUGCAGGUAAAACGCUGUUUGUGGCUUUCUGUUGCACAGUUAAAGCUGACCCACCCUAUGCACAAGACAAUCAAAUAUAAAUCUGUCCUCCUUGGGAUGCAGAUAAUACUCAUGUAAAUUAUGGAGCACAAUGUAAGACAAAAGGAGACACUUUACAUAUGUAUUGUUGGUACAGAAGUUGUCAGGGCAUGAAUGAGCUGAUGUGACAUUAUGCCACUUCUUUCUUUUGGUUCUCCCUUAUUAACUUGGCAUUUUUAAUUUGACCAUAUAGCCAAAUUAGUUCUCCACGCUUUCCUCAUAGAAAAUCUUUUUUUUUCCCCGUAAUGUUUUCAUGCCCUGAGAAUCAGAAAAAUACUACAGAAUAGAAAAAGAUUUACAGUCAUUGGAAGAUUUGUGUUUUGCAAACAGUGUUAAGUGAUAUUGCUAGAUGGUGAUAUUUUUUUCAGCCUAAAACUCUGUUGAAAUCUGUGAUCAAAAUGUUUUAAACUAUCCAAAAAAAUUUGUAUAUUUGGGAAAAAUGGAUUUUUACAUAGCUUUUGUAUGCAGAUAUAAAACUGUAAUUAUGAAUAUAGUGGGCGUAGAUAAACUCAUAAGCUUAAAUUCUAAAAAAGAAAAAGCUUA